AUGAUCUUAAAAUGAAUGAAAUUAAAGUAUGGGAGAAUGUUCUUAUUAAAAUGGGGUCUUGCACAAAAUCCUGAGCUUUCUUCAGAUCCCUCUAAUUAUUCAAUAGAUGAUUUUAAUUCUUUAAAAAAUACUUUACAACAAUGUAUUCCUUUUAUACGAUUCUAUAAUUUAACUUCUAAAGAAUUUUCAGAUAAUAUUCUACCUUAUAAGGAAAUUCUAUCAGAGGAAUUAUUUACGGAUUUAUUAAGAAGCUUUUUAAAUUUACAUCCUGAUAGCAAGGUCAACCAUAAAUCAAAGCCCCGUAUAGCUAAAGAAGGGAUACCAACUUCUACAACUAUUGAUGAUGAAAGAAAGCCCGUUUCAUUAGGUCACAUUGAUGAAUGGAGGACCAACCCAAAACCAAUUUCAUUGAAUGAAAGGCCCAACCCAUGGAAUCGUUCAUGGAGUAAGGUCGCAAAAUCCAACCAAAGGCCAAUUUCAUCGGAUGAAUGGUCCAAACCAAGGUCCAUUUUACCCAUUUUAUCAGGUGAUAAUAGUUCAAGGAGCAGUUCAUGGAGUAAGUCCAACCCAAGGCCAAUUUCAUCAGAUGACUGGUCCAACCCAAUUUUAUUGGGUGAUAACAGUUCAAGGAGCAGUUCAUGGAGUAAGAUCGCAAAGUCCAACCCAGGUCCAAUUUCAUCAGAUGACUGGUCCAAACCAAAGUCCAUUUUAUUGGAUGAUAACAGUUCAAGGAGCAGUUCAUGGAGCAAUUAUGUUCAAAGUAAUAAAAAUGAGUAG